ACGACUGUGAUCAUUGGAAUAGGAACAAAACGUGAUCUGACAAUAAAUCCUUGGAAACUGCUGAGUGGGCGGACUGUGAAAGGUUCAAAAGUGGGAGGUUUGUUGAAUGCUUAAGAGAAAAAAGUGGGCGCGACGUUUAAUGAGGAAAAAAGAACUCCCAUAUGCGGUAAAUGACCAUACUAUUUAGUCCAACCGUCAAGAUAACCUCCUUCCGUACAAGGUAGACUUCUACACAAUUUAAAUGAAGAUAUGAUCGUCGCUGUGGUAUAUGCAAUAUAAGCAAUUGCAAAUUAACCCGAAAAAAUUUCGGGACUUCAAUGGUAUUCGAACCCACGGCCUCUGCGUUAGCGCUGCAGUGCUCUACCAACUGAACUAUGAAGACCCAUGAUUAGGAGCAGGCCAGUAGGCCAUUUGCGAGUUCCAAAAAAUCUCACCUUCAAAACGAGGCUAAGUGCGAAACCUUUGUUGUGAAAAUGAGUUUUGUUUGCAUCAUAAUUAAAGGGACAGUGUCCCGAUUAUGCGCACGCGCGAGCGUCAUCUGUUUUUUCUUCAAAAGACAAUAGAACUGUCAAAUUGACUCGACAAGAUUUCCUUCCGGACCGCACCGCCGACAGAGAUUUGUUGUUUAUAUUCUCAAGUAAUAUUUUAGACUUUCGAAGAAGUCUUUCGUCUUAUAUAAAAAUUUGGCUCGCGGUUCGAAGACUCAUCGCGAUUUUAUCGCUAACUGGGCCUCCUCGCGACCCGAAAAUCUCGUUCCGCUCGCUUUAAAAACAUAUUUUCUAAUUUGAAACUCGUGUCAGAGGUCAAUCGUUCCAAGUCCAGUAAUAUCUGCCUGAUUUGCUCGCGUUCUAGCCUCAAACGUUUGAAAGACAUAAAUAAAAAUGCAAUCUCAACGCUAUGAAUCAUCACAAAGGUUAGUCAAAAAUGAUAUUAUGAUUUCAUGUCACUAGUUUUUCAAAACAUGUAGCGCCUGUUUGUUCGAUUUUGUCGGCCGUAGGGAGAUUCAUUUAAAAGUUUGCUAACGCGUCGUUGCAAAACAUUCUGCUUCACGAAGCUCCCCUCCACAAGAUCUCCUCAGUCGCAUCAAUGUGUCAACAGAUUCUUUCUUACAGUCUUUAUUGUUGCUCUUUCAUUUCUGCGUAUUCCUUUCACAAUUAUCUGAGCUUGUAUGGAAGCUAGCAGAAGAAAUAAGCCUUCAAUCGGCAUCAAAGUGCUUCCAAUCUUUUGGUCCUCCGGCCAACGGCAAUAAAGGUAACGCCAAAAAAUCCAGAUUUUGCCCAAAUCGAAACUUAACAGGAACAAUAUAUCAAUGAUCUAUAAUCCUGAGAAGUUUUAGUGUCGUAUUGAACCCGGCCAAGCGCGAUGCAAACGGAUUUUUCAAGAUUCUCUUACUCUCCUCGCAUCUUUUGAUUUCGCGACAUCCUGUCCAAAAAUCAAAGUUUGGUGCAUGCGCAAUAACGGGAUACUGUUCCUUUAAAAAUCAUUUUCGUAUCAAUGGCUUCGCACUUAGUGUCGCUUUGAAAGUGAGAUUUUUUGGAACUCGGAAAUGGCCUAUUUGUUGAGUUCAUCUUAACCCGUGAAAGGAAUGAAACAUAGAAUGAAGAUAAUGUGAACUAAGGAAAUACAAAUUUUAAUAAGAUAUGAUCGUCGCAGUGGUAUUGUAAUUUAAGCAAUUGCAAAUUUACCCGUAAGUAUUUCGGGACUUCAACGGGAUUCGAACCCCAUGGACCCCCUCUGCGUUAGCGAGCAGUCCUCUAAAUAAGUUUGAGAACAAAUUUUUUUCCCGAGAAACAACACUAAUCCGACUACAUGCUUAUCCUGAUCCUUGUGGAUUGCUUUUACUUACGUCACUUAUCCCCAAGCUCGUUGCUAAUAUAUUUUCGAAGAAUAAAUGAGAUGCAUAUUUUUUUAGGGUCUGUAGCUAAGGAACUGUUUCCUAGAUUAUGUGAGGAAUACCUGGCUGGACGUUUGAAUCUGGAUAAACUCAUUACCCACAGAAUGUCUCUAGAUAAUAUAAAUAAAGCAUUUGAUCUCAUGCGUGCUGGGGAAAGGUAUGCAAAAUUAUCAGUUUACUAUUAUCUUAUUUUUUGGAAUAAACUCCUAGAAUGUUGAUCGUGAUAACUUAAGUGACAGCGAAUUUCAAGCGUGGUAAAUACUUGAGGAAGAUGUUUAUUCAGUCAUUGACAGUCCUAUUGGUAGCACUCGGAUUUUUUCUUUGGAGCUGCCUGUUUCACUGACUGAGAAACAUCUUUCCCACUUAAUAGACGUUGUUGAUGAGGAUCUGUUCCUUUAAAGACGUCAAACCCAAAUGAAGAUAAAAAUUAUGUUUAUUCCGAACAGUUCGCUGACAACUUCCUUUUCUUUUUUUACUGUAGCAUUCGAUCAGUCAUUCUCUUUGAGGUAUGUUGCUGUUGUUUUGCACCUUUUUCUCAAACGCUAGUUUCUAAUAGUAAUAAUUUUCCGCUCAAGCAGAUAAGCGAGAAGUGCGAGAGGGGCAUGAUGGGAACGAGCGCAGAGCUUUCAUUAACUCAAAUAUCCCCGAAAAAAGUGAUCGCGAGAGACUGGGGACGAGGCAGCUUUCUCGUAUCCCAGUUCUAUAGGUGGAAGCUAUCCAAGGCUAGGACAUCGUAUAGGUUUUGACUUAACGGCAGCUUAGACGAUACUUAGGAUAGUUAUACCUUAUUUAGAAGAGAAAGUGGAUCAAUUAGGUUUCUGGUGAACUGUCCACCUACCCCUCCCCUAAGCCAUCAUUUUGCCCAAAGUGAGAAGUAAGUGUUGAUGUAAUGUGUUAAUGCUUAGGGGAGGGGUAGAUGAGCAGUUUCCCAGCAACCUUUAUUGAUCCGCUUGUACCUCAGGUCAACUUUGAGGUGAGCUAUCUUGUAGUCCGCUUUAUCGUUCCCAGGCCUCAGCUUAAUCGACUCGAUCGGCGCGGCCUAUUUCCCUUUUGUAAACAGUCUUUGCCAUUUUCAACGGUCGGUGCUAUCAUUGGUAACAAAACCUUUAGUCAUAAUAUAUGUGAUAUAUUCCCUAUUCCCUAUCGUAGCUAAUAAUUUGCUUAACUCCCGCUGACAGGUGACAGGUCAUUUUAAACACUGAUACCCACUCCACAACAGCUAACCAGCACUAGCGUCGUGAAUUUUUAAAUGCUUGGUUUAAUUUUUUAACUGACUAAAGCUACACAGAUAAGGAUUUUAUUUAUGUCUUGCAGUGAAAUUUUGGCAGUCAAGGUCCAGACGAUUGAACUAGGAUAUCAUCGUACGCAUACAGGAGAAAAUUGUGCUCAGUCGAGAAUAAAAAAUGCUGAUAAUUUGAAUUUUCACCCUAUUACCCCACAGGGUCCUGAAAAAUACAGAGAGCAUAUUAUUUCCAGAAUUUGUUUUAAUUCAGUCUUACUUUAAAUAGUGAAUUACCUUCCAUUUUUAUCAUGAUGCGAUGAACUGCCGUCUGUAAUGAGUACGUCAGUGUAAUUACUACACCGGUCUAAAAAGUGUUCUGCUCAAUUGGAAACCUUAACCAAAUCAACAGCAAAACAGACUGAGGAGGAGGGUUGAUCCCUCAAAUACCACUGACCAAGUUUGCUUCAGAGUCGGCAAGGACUUCCCACGGCACUGGCAUCGCUGGUCCUUAUUUUAUGUCAGUUUACCCGUUAACCGACAGCGGGAGCAAGGAUAACGCAGUGGUGAGAGCACUCACCUCCCACCAAUGUGGCCCGGUUUCAAAUCGCCUUGUGGACGCCAUAUACAGGUCAUGUUGUGUAAUAGCCAUAUGUUAACAAAAGAAAACGUUAGAUUUUGGGUCUACUAGC